CGGAAGUCAUGGGAGAGUCUGCGCACUGAGUCAUCAAGAUUUGACAACUUACCAAGGAUAAAUUAACUUGAUUUCAGCUUCUGCUGCAGCAAUUUGGUGCAAUAGUGUAGAAAAUAAAAAGAAUGGUUUGACCCAGUUGUAUGUGGUAAGAAAGACACUUGAUAAGUACAAGACACAAAAAAAGAAUAGAGAUUUGGUCAACAUCCUGCUCUGGUUACAGAAAAUUACAGCAAUUUCUUAAGAUCUCAGCAAGUAGUAAAUCACCCUACAUGUAGUAUAAACCAGAGGAAAAAAGAAAUGUAGCUAGUUGAAUAAAAGUUUGCAGAUGAGUUUACCGAGACCAUCAGGGCUGAAAGCCCCAUCAAAGAUUGGCAAGCCUACAGGUCUGCCCCAGCCAAAAUCAGCUUCUUCUCUUCCAGCUCCAGAUAAAGCCAAAAGUGCCAUUGCUAAAAGUGCUCGUGCUGCAGGUUUUAGUGCUACACAAGCUGAUAAGUAUGCCACCACUGUUGUCAAUAAACUGCCAGGCCCUGAAUAUGAGGUACCACCCCCUCCAUCAGAUGAUUUUAAGAUAGGGGACAGAGUAUGGGUAGGAGGGAGCAAGCCAGGUGUGAUUGCAUUUCUAGGCGAAACUCAAUUCGCCGCAGGAGAAUGGGCAGGUGUUGCCCUGGACAAACAAGAAGGCAAAAACGAUGGAUCAGUUAAAGGUAUCAGAUACUUUCAGUGUGAAUCAGAUAGGGGUGUGUUUGCUAGAAUUUCUAAAUUAUCUAGAACCCCAGGACUUUUACCAAUGUCAGGGCAAAUGGACGAUACAUUGUCAGAAACUCCUAUCAAACCAAAUGGACCUGCAAGAAGACCUACAACGCCAAGCGUAACACCUUCAAGAGGAGUGUUUGGUUCUAAUACUAGUUUAAGCCGAGCAUCACCUGCCCCGGGAACCAGACCUGGAAGUAGACCCGCUUUGAAGGUUGGAGAUCGUGUGUUUGUGAGUGGCAGUAAGAUGGGUACACUACAGUACAUGGGAGAAACAGACUUUGCUAAAGGAGAAUGGGCUGGAGUCGAACUUGACGAAAAACAGGGUAAAAAUGAUGGUGCCGUUGCUGGUAAAAGAUAUUUUGAAUGUAAGCCAAUGUUUGGUUUAUUUGCACCAAUUCAUAAAGUCACUCGCCUGACAUCAGGAACAGCUGGGCCGGGAAAACCAGCCACAACACCUACAUCACAGUCCCGGUCGUUGAUGAACACAAGUCUUCGUCUUUCCAAAGAAAGGAGCGGGAGUCAGGAAUCUGUCAGUUCCAUAAGCUCGUCAGCAUCAAGUGUGUCCCGUAGCCGGGUAAGGCUUGGAGUCACCUCACUCGGCAAUCAGCUUCCUCUACAUCAUCAACGAAAAAGAGAACUUACGAGUACACCAAUAGCGGCCAAACCAGGUCAUCGGCCAAGCACUCUCAAUUUAACGGCAACAACAACUGCUUUGCAGAAAGCCUUAAAGGAGAAAGAAGAACAUAUAGAACAGCUGCUGAAAGAGAGAGAUUUAGAGAGGUCAGAGGUCGCUAGGGCUGCUGCACAAUGUGAUGAGGCCGAAGGUCAGAUGUCAAUGAUGAGGGGUGAACAAGAGAGAUACAAACAGGAUGUUGACGAUACAGUUCUCAAACUUAGGUCCCUUGUAGCUGACAUGCAGCAAGAAAAAGUAGAACUUGUUAACCAAUUAGAUACAGAAAAAAGAAAAGUAGAAGACUUACAGUUCCAGAUAGAAGAGGAAGCCAUGACAAAGGAUGAUAUGGAGUCAAGAACAGAAGAAGAAGAAAUGAAAUUCAGAGAGAUAGAAAGAUUACAACAGAGAGAGAAAGAAAGAGCUGAUAAACUAGAGCAGGAUAUAUUUACCAUGAAGGCAAUGGCUAAAGACAAUACAGAGAAGCUAGAAUCUACAGAAGAAUUAAACAUAACCUACUUAGAUCAGAUAGAAGAAAUUACACAUAAACUUUCUCAGGCAGAAACUAAAAUCAAAGGUUAUGAGUCAAAUCGUCUAGAGGAAGGUGCUAAGGCAGAAACUAAAAUCAAAGGUUAUGAGUCAAAUCGGCUUGAGGAAGGUGCUAAGACGAGCCAAGUUAGUCUAGAAUUGGAAGAGAAAGAACAUAAGAUAUCAGAACUGGAGGAAAUUCUUACGACAAAGAACAAAGAAGUCAAACAAUUAUCUAACAACCUACAGGAAGUGGAAGAAGAUUUAUUUGCGUCCAGGGAGAAGAACAACCACAUGAAGAAUCAAGUAGAAAAACUAACUUCUCAAAUGGACAACCAAAGUAAAGCUUCUGAAACCUUCAAUUUAGAACUACAGCAACUCAAAUCUCAAAUAUCAGAUCUGCAGAGAAAGCUUGACUCCAGUGAAGAUAAGGCCAAGAGACUUAAUGAUGAGAAGAUACAGCUGGAACAGCAAAUGAGCGAUAUGAUGAGGAAUUCUGGUGAUAGUUCCAAACGUCUGUCUAUUUUAACUGAACAGCUACAGGACAGAAAUAGAAAAAUCCAGGAUCUACAAGCCGACUUGUCAAGUUCUACACAGCAAACAGCAAAACUUAGAGAAGAGAAAGAUAGAUUGAGGAAGGAAGGAGAGAAGGAGAGGGAAAAUUUAAUUGUUAAACAUAAUGAUGUUGUAAAUACUAUUAAACUUACUUUACAAGAUGUGCAAAAAGAAUUAUCCAAAUCAAAUAAUAAAAUGACUGCCAUGAAAGAAGAAUUUGAAAAAGAAAAAGAAGAUGCUAUUAAUCGUAAAAUUGCUGAAAUUAACAAUUUAAAGAAAAAUUUGGAACAAAGUAAAGCUGAUUUAGAAAAACAAGAGGUUCAAACUCAAGCUCAUAAACAGGUUCUAGACAAAACCAAUAUGGAAAUGGAAGCACUUAAAUUUGAAAAAGAAAAAGGUGACAAAUUGGUGAAAAGGUUAGAAGGCGAGAAAGAUAGUAUAAACACAGACUUAAUACAUAUCAGAGUAACUAACAGUAAGGUUCAAUUAGAGUACGAAAAAAUGGUGGACGAGAAAAAUAAACUUCAGCAACAGAUUGAGGAUCUGAAGGAGGACAAGGACAAAGUGUCAGAAACUAAAUCUUCUAUUCUACAAGAAAAAGAAGAACUGGUAACUGAGAAGACUAAACUUGUGGAAGAAAAUGACAAGGUCAACAGGGAACUAGUAGAAAGUAAAGCUUCACUUCAACAGAAAGAUAUACAGAUCGAAGAAUUACAGAAAGAGGUUGAGAAAAUGAAAACAGAAGUGAAUGAUAAAGAAGAAGCUAUGUCACAGAAAUCACAAAGUCAGUCACAGGAUCUACAGACACAGAUUCAGAAAGCACAGGCCAGGGUAAAAGAAUUAGAUGGCAUGUUACAAUCAGAAAUAAGCCGUGGAGAAAAAACAGUGAAGGAAUUGGAAAAGAAACUUCUAAUGCAGACCUCUGAGACAGACCAAAAAUAUAACCAGUUAGAGGCUUUGUUUAAAGAGGUGGAGGAUGAGAGAGAUACCAUGAAGGCUCAGUUAGAAUUCUCUAAUCUGGUCGCUGAAGAAAGGAGGAGGUUAGAAGAACAGAACAUGCAGUUAAACCAAGAAAUGGAGAAAACAGAAGAAAGUCACAGGAAGGAAAUUGACAGUCUAGAAAAGACAAAGAUUUCACUUCAGAAAGAGGUUGCCAACUUAAAGAACGAAAAUGCCUCACUGGAUAAGUUCAGACAUUCGACAGAGAACCAAGAAAAAGUAAACAAAGACUUAAUGAGUCAGAUAAACUCACUAAAAUCUCAACUCCAGGCUCAAGAAGUUAACAGUAAUACAAUAGGACUGUCAGCCAAUGAAAUUGAAGAUAAACAGACAAUAGACGGUCAGGUUGAAUUCCUUAACUCUGUGAUAGUUGAUCUACAAAAGAAAAAUGGAGAUUUAAAAACAAGAUUGGAAGCCAUGGAAUCAGGUGUUCUUACAAAUGGGGAGGCCAACAGUUCUAUGGAAGAAGUAAGUGAAAGUAAAAAACCUCCUCCAAGAUUAUUCUGUGAUAUUUGUGACGUGUUUGAUAAACAUGAUACUGAAGAUUGUCCUUGUCAGGCCAUGGAUUACGACGAGGAAACUCCAUCGCCCUCACAUCACGGUGGUGACCGUAAACAACUACGACCUUACUGUGAUAUAUGUGAAGAAUUCCAUGAACCCUGUGAGAAUUUACAGAUACCAAUUCCUGAUGAUAAGUCCAAUCUUCCGGAACCGAAAGUCCGUUAUCAUAGCGGUAGCGAGACAGUCGAAAUAGAAUGUUCUGAAGGCAAAGGCAAUGUCCGCACACCCUGGGAUGAAAACCAAUUAAAAGAGACAUGUGAAGAUUUUGAAAUCAAACAGUCUUAUGAGGGUAGACUACGGAGCAACGAACACGAAAUGAGUAAUUCGCAACUUGGAAUAUACGAUGAUGACGAUGUUAGCGUAGACGUUAAAGACGAAAAAGACAACGAAACUCAUUUAGAGCAAGUAGUUAACACCGUUCUUGAAAAUGAAGUUGAUCCGAUUCUUGACGAUUAUAAGCAUAAAGACACCAAGGACGAAGCCCAUUUAAAUACAGACGCUCCAAGAAGAGAACAGUCUGAGAGCAAAGACAAUGAAAUUGAUACGGGACAAGAAUCUGACGUCGAAAACAAUAAAAAUAUGGAGGAAUUUAUUAACAAAAAAGACGAUAUGGCUGAAGAUUUCGAUGAUGCACAAGAGCAACUAAAAUCGGAAGAAAGUGAUGAAAAUGUCACAGAUACAGGGGAAAGUGACAUAAGUAACGAUGAUAAAGAUGGAAAGGGUUUCAGUGUGGAUGAAAGGGACGACAAAGACUACUCUAACGAGGAAAAAGAUGAAAAUGUCGAUGAAUUUCAAGAUACUGAAGGCGAUGAUGGGGAGGAUGGGGAGGAUAAUGGUUUAACUAUUAACGAUAAUGACAGUGGUCAAGUUAGCGAACAUCACGAAGAAAAACGAAUGUUAGAGACGGGCGAUAAUCGAGAUUCUUUACCGAUUGACGACGAAAGCGACAACAGUCAACUUCACGAAGAAGAAUAUCAGUUAAAGACUGACAAUAAAAGAGAUGUCUUGCCUAUCGACGAUAAUGAUAGUCACACAGUCAGUGAACGUCACGAAGAAGAACGAAUGAUGAAGACUGACGAUAAUCGGGAUUCUUGUAAAAUAAGUUAAGAAUUCGCACAUGAUGGACCUGGUGAAAAGCUUAUUUUUAACGCAUACUUAAUGUGUUCAGCGAAUUUGGUCUCAACUUUUGCAACAUAUAUAUACUAGUAUAUACCACUUUUUUUAUUUGCUUAUUUUCAUCAACUGCUGCGCGGGAACAUUAAAUUUAUUUACAUAUUAGAAUCUAUACUCCCGGAUGUAUACAUGUAAUGUGUUUUUUCUAUUCGUGCUAAUUAAAGGUUUUCAGUUGUCUAGAAUGGAAUGGAAUGGAAUAGAGUAAAACGUAUUCAUGCUGAUGCAUGCAGAUUAUGUUUUUUUUUAUUUUGAUGCGCCCCAUUCUACUUCGUGUUGUUCUGGCACACCACACAUUGUGGCUAAUCUUUCAUUUGAACUCCUAUUAUAUGAGGGUGGUAAAGGCUUAUUUUCGUGCAACGUUUUUGGUCUUUUUAUCUCAAGUGUUUUCAUAUUUUUCCGUUUUAUUUCUAGUGUUCACGUGUUUUGUUCAAUGUGUGUGCUUCGUGUAUCCCCUUUUCAAAGGGAUUCAAAUAUACGUAUUUGUGACAGGUGCUAUUUACUUACACAGCUCUCUCAAUCGGGGUCUUCGUGACGGCCAAGAAGUCCAUGUCCUCCUAAGUGAUAUUGGAAUAACUAAUCCAAGAAUUUCUAUCGAUUUUGUUUUCUUCACGAAUGUUAAAGGUAUAAAAAGACGACCUGUUUUGAUUCAUUAAACGUUCUACAGCAUAUGUUCGGAAACGCCAUUCUCUCCAACGUGAUGUCCCUUGAAAAGUCAUUCUCUCCAAUGUAAUGUCCUAAUAAAUCACACCCUCAAACUGGAUAUUCUAUUUUGCCACGCGAAACCGUCGCCGCGAUGCAAAUUUCUGUAAAAGAUACAUUUAGAUCUCGUUAUGUCACACUGGAGAGCGUAUCAUCUAAGGCUUUGGUUUAUCUGAUAGUGAUUGGUCCAUGUAUAACAACAUAAAGUUGACCGAUCGUUUGUCAAGUUAAUAUACUAUUUGUUGGUAAUUGGUUUUUUUUUUCUCAAAUUGUUGCUGUGUCGUUGUUUUCGUGUUUACUGUUUUGAAUUAUAUUUGAACAUAUUAUAAGCGUUAAAUGCAGUUAU